UAUCCUGCGGGAGAUUUAUGGUUUGUAAGCUUGCCGCGCCGCUGAGUUCUCCGUUUCAAUUAUGCUUAUAAAGUGUGACUUCAUCCCUAGUUAAGUAGUGUUUCUUCAUAUUCAUAUUCAUACUCAUCCUUAUCCUUAUCCCCAUCUUCAUCUUCAUCUUCAUCUUAAUCUUUGUGUCAAUAUGGGAAGUAUUUUGAAAAAGCCCGAGUUCGUUUUAGUGCCGGGAGCAUGGCAUGGUCCAGAAUGUGUAAGGUCUCCUACUUUUGACCCAUCUAAGUUAUAUGUGUACUAGGACGCAGGAGCGUAAUUGCUACUGCUCCCUUUGAGUUUUUCUAAUCCUCAAGAAGCUCGUACACUCAUUGCAAGUCUAUUCAACGUUCUGUUCUGACAAGUUCCUCGCUCAAAGUUCAAACCCACUGCAGAUAUCCUCAAAGCAAAGGGCUAUAAAGUUCAUGGCAUCAACCUCAAAUCCGUGGGUGCAUCUCCUCCUCUAGAUGAUUUUCAGCCAGAUGUCGAAAUAAUUCGGUAAUAUCCCAUCAUAUCUCCCAUCUCACCUUCCCUCUCUCACUUUUCACCUAAGCCUAAUACCAGCUCAGAAAUAAAGUCGACUCCCUCCUCGCCACCUCCACCCCUGUAAUCAUGGUCUACCACUCCUACGGUGGAACCGUCGGUUCCGAAGCUUUGGCUAAUUACCUCAACACCCUUCCCACCUCUACUAAUCCCUCAUGUCCCUCUUCUCCACCCGGCCUCAUCCGCCGCCUUUUCUACAUCGCAUCAUUCUGUCUCCCCAAGUCCACCUCCCUCAAAACUUUUCUCGGAGAUGGUCCCGACUGGUACGUUUUCUCUCCCGAUCACAAAACAGUAACCUGUUCAGCUCCAUACGAAAUUUUCUAUAACGAUAUUGAGAAAAUGGAAGCAAAGAAAUAUGUGGAUGCGUUGAAGGAACAUAGUCUAAAUGUUUUUACUUCACCCGUGACAGCUGAGCCCUGGAGAUUUAUUCCGAGUACGUAUGUGGUUUGUGAGGACGAUAAGGCGAUUCCUUUAAAAGCGCAGUUAGGAUUAAUUAAACAAGCGCAGGACAUUGCUGCAGGAAGUAAGUGUUAUUGUUUCUUUUGUAUCUCUUUCCUCUUUGAAUGAGUUUGGAUUGUUUUUGCUGUAAAGAACAAUCCGAGUCCUAUAUCAUGAAAGAAGAUAUGAUCUUGAUUCUCUCCUCAUUUCAUGUUCAAUCCAGAAUUCCCAGAAGACUAACCACAAACCUACUUAGGUUUUGAUACAAUCGAACGUACAACCUCCGGUCACAGUCCUUUCAUUAGCCAGCCGGAAUGGUUAGCCGAGAAAUUGAUCAAAGCUGCAGAGACUUCUGUUUGAUAUAUGCCAUCUUCUGGAAACUCUUGUAAUGAAUGUGUAGGAUUCGGAAGUAUGAAAGGGGAAAUGAAUGAUGAUAUAGUGUGAAUAUGUUACGAGCGGAUGCAUGUGAAAUGUAUUCGAAUCAUCAACAAAAGGUUGAUCAGAAACAGGUUAAUCUUACAUGGUACGGCGCUAGGCCAUAUUGGGAAGGCAGGAAUAACUCCGUGUACGGAGUAAGCUAUUUCCUAAUUCCUGAUGGUUAUGUUACCAGAGUCAUGUUCUUCUUCUCUUAUGUAAACUGGUGAACCUUACUCCGUACAUAACCGAGUCUCUUUAAAUACUAUAGCUAACGACGUCGCAUCCAUAAACACAACUUCACUGCA